CUUGUCUUGCAGCUUUACCUCCCGAACCCAAGGAUGUCCUGCUCCAGCCUGUGCGCCCCUUCCUGCGGGGUGGCCGCCCCGGCCCCGCUGGCUGACACCUGCAACGAGCCCUGCGUGCGGCAGUGCCCCGACUCCACGGUGGUGAUCCAGCCCCCGCCCUCGGUGGUCACCUUCCCCGGGCCCAUCCUCAGCUCCUUCCCGCAGUACAGCGUUGUUGGCUCGGCGGGAGCCCCCGGAGUUGGAGGGGGCUUUGGUGGCACUUUUGGAGGCCGCGGCGGUUUUGGAGGCCUUGGGGGCUAUGGAGGCUCUUGGGGCUACGGAGGCUAUGGAGGCCUUGGGGGCUACGGAGGCUACGGGGGUUGCGGAUAUGGCGGCUGGGGCCGAGGCCACAGGUACCUCAACGGCAACUGUGGGCCCUGCUAAGCCCCACACCGGGUCCGGCCACAGAUGAAGGAGAGCUCCAGAAAAGCCCCUGGCACGUGCCGA